GUGCUUAUCGGGGCAGCGGCUCAGUCAGAACAGCUGGGUUGCUGCUGCUGCCGCUGGGGUGGAGAUACCGUCUUUUCUCCAUAGAACCUUUAUUAGUCUUCAAACUUAAACUCACCAUGGCCAACAAAAUUACUCCUUUCCUUUCCAAGGCGCUGCUGCAGAUGCCUGAAGCGCACUCCUCAAAAGUUGUGCGAGGGAGCGUUAAAAGAGCAAACAUCAGACACUUGUGGGGCUCCUGUGGGGCCCUGGCAGGGAGAAGGGCCAGCAUGCCUCUCUGCCCCACUAUUCCCUUCAACACACCCAGCCGCAGCUUCAUCAACCUGACUGCUCCCAUCAGUGCUCGCAGGAUGGAGUACACCGAGUGCCGGACAUUAGCGUUUACUCCAGAGCAGAUGUAUGAUGUGGUGGCCAGUGUGGACCAGUACCAGCACUUUGUUCCCUGGUGCAAGGAGUCUCGUGUCACAAGGGGACAAAAUGGUGAUGUCCAGGCAGAUCUCAAAAUAGGUUUCCCCCCCAUCUUGGAGUGCUACACCUCUGAUGUCACCGUCGUCCCAAAUCACCAAGUCAGGGCCGUGUGCACUAAUGGAUCCCUCUUCAGCCAUCUUGAAACAAUAUGGAGGUUUGCCCCUGGAGCCAAAGAAGCCUCUUGCAAAGUCUAUUUCUAUGUUUCAUUUGAGUUCAAGUCUCUCCUACACUCUCAGCUGGCAGGAGUGUUUUUUGAAGAAGUGGUUAAACAGAUGGUCAAGGCCUUUGAGUCACGAGCAUCAACGCUGUACAGGAGCCAGCAGAGAGUGCCAUUGAGCAGCCGGUCAACUUGAGUCGUUUGUCCCCCCCAUCAUCCACAUCCCCUUCCACCUGUAACCGAAGCCUGCUAUACCUGCUGUCAAAACAUGUCUUACAAUGAAGUCACAGAAGGCUGGAUCUUCUUUUUUUGCUCACAGUCUUAUACUUAAAUUUAGUAUUAGUAUGCACAUUCGACAUACUUAAAAACUAUAUUUAUAAGCCAGUCACAAGCUAAUUUAUUUAUUCCUUCUUAUAUAAUUGUGGCUGUACAAACAACUCAAAGUGUUGAGCUAUAUCUUGUUCAGUCCUGAUUCGUGGGUGGAAUUAAAAAGCUCUUAUUUUGGUAA